GAGAGGGAGAGGAAGGAAAAGGGAAGAGAGAGAGCUUUGUUAAUGGAGAAGAAUCGAAGAGAUGGAGGAUUCUCACGACGAAGAUGAGGGCAAAGAACACAAAGAAAGUGGAUCUGUUGUACCUAGAAUUGUUUACUGAGAGCUCUCCAGGAAAAAGCAUGGCUGGAUGCAGUUCUAUUCUUGAAUAUGUCUAUUUUCAUUUCACCGAAACAUAUGCAAAAAGUUCCAUGCUCGCAUUGUAUCUACUUUAGUUUGGCAAGCGCAUCGGAGAGUCCAUAUCCUGUACAGAGAGCAAAUCGUAUGCUCGAGGGAACUGUUCAGUUCGAAGGGCCUGAUUGACCUGGCAGUGGAUUAUGGAAUUCUUGCUUAGCCUGGGUUUAUACUUUCUGAAAAAGAAUAAGUCAAAAACCAAUACCCCUGGGAAGCCGAUCCCAAAAAUGUUUCUGAGCAGCAAAAUGCCCUGCUUCUUCCCUUGUGUACAUGCCAUAGAUGUUAUGAAGUGAAAAGUUGAAUUUCCUUCUUAUAGUAGUAGUGCUCCUGUAUUGUUAGCUUGAAGUUGCUGAAGAUAUUUGUGCUUUAGAGAAUAAAUUUGGACAGUCAUAGGCUACAGAAGACUCUCAAAGAUAAUCGGCUUUUCGAAAUCUUUAUCCAAAAGAAGUUUUGAAUUUGUUAAUUUGGAUCUUUGAUUUGGCUGGGUUUUGUUUCUUUGCAUUUUUUUUAUGUUCAUGUCAUCUGUUUCACUUGAAGAUAAAUUCCCUUUAAAAAAUUGAAAAUUUUAGGGGGGUCUCCUGUUAAAUUUUUUUCGUCAUUCUGUUUUGUUUUUCCUUUUUUCUUUUUUUGGGCUUUUAAGGUAUUAUUUCACUAUGGUUGGACCUUUCCAGGUUAAAAAUUUCUCUGCAUUGUAGUAGAAACGAGUUCAUUAGUGUUGAAUGUUGAUUAAUAUUUCUUUCGGUGUCUUCCUUUUCUUUGGAGAAUUCGUUUUAGAUACCUAAUAAUUGGAUAACUUGCUAACUGCAUCAUUUUAGCACCCUGAACUUGAUUUUAAGUAACGGUUGUAGCAUCUAAAAAUCAAAAAGGCAGUUUGGUAUACAAAAUAUUCCACGUCAGUAGCAUUUGGAGAAGGACCACACCCCAAGAGGUGUGAUAUAGACAGUUUAUUCUAACACAAAUAUUAGUGAUUGCUUGAACCCAUGAUCUAUAGGUCAUGUGGAGAUGACUUUACCAUUGUUUCAAGGUUCUCUUUUAACAUCUACAGAUCAAAGCUUCAGAAAAAGUCUUAGAACUGUUAAUGUUGGCUCUUUGGUUUUAAUUCUUUUCAUAUUAUGAUACAAUAUGUUAACAUUCAAGAAAGAGAUUAAAGCCAAAUAAUUGAAAAUACAUUUUCAAGAUAAAACCAAGUAUUACUCUUUCUUUUUGCUUCUCAGUAAACAAACCAAUCAUGUUAACCUCCAUCUUUAAAAUUAAGUUUAGAGAUUGAUAUAAAGAUAUAUUAUACAUUCAACUUUUCAGAGACUGAUCAAGUCAAUGGAGACAGUAACUAAUAAUAAAAAAAUUAUUUUCCUUUUUAUAUAUCCCCACCCUGCUUAUGUGUUGCUUCAGGGAAGGUGAGAUUGAAUAUAAAAAGAUUAGUUGACUUAACAAUUGCCAUACUUAAUUUGCAAAUUGCAGUUAAGUCCAUCAAGUGCUUGUCUCUAUUUAUCAUUUUAAGUUCCAACUAUUCACAAAUUUUGCAUAGAUCUCUGUUUUGCAGAUAUGGCUGCUUAUGCUGCUGUAAUUUCUCUGAUAGGGAACAAUACAUCAGUUUCCACAAUCUCGCUUGGACCUUCAGGAGAGUCACAAAGAACAUUUGCAAUUACUCUACGAAAAGGUUAGCUCUCUGCAAGAGCUUCUUGACAAUAUUGAUAACGAACCAACAAAUGAUUUGCAAGAGAAAGUCAAAGAUCUAGCACAUGAAGCAGAAGACCAAAUUGAAUCACAUUUACAACAACUGAUUAUAGAGAAGGAUGAACACAAUCGAACAAAGGCAAACAAGAGGCUUCUUGAGAUGUUGCAACAAACUAUAGAAGACGUUGAGUCUGUCAAGAAAGUGCUCAUCAAGCAGAUCAAGAAUAACAAUUUGAAACCUGGAAGUCUUUCACUUGGUGGUUCUAGCUCACCACGAUCGCAUGUUUCAAUGUUGGAGAAUGAUAUGGUGGGGUACAACAUUGAACAAGAUUUCAUAAGGAGUCAACUUAUGGGAUACUCAUCUCAACUUGAAGUGAUCUCUAUUGCUGGGAUGGGUGGUAUGGGUAAGUCAACUUUUUGCCAAAAAAAUGUUUUAUGAUCCUUCAGUGCUGAGCUUCUUUGGUGUUCGUGGAUGGAUUACUAUGUCCAAGGACUACACUUUAAGAAAGAUGCUGUUAUGUCUCCUUCAAGAUGCUAUUGGGGUGAAAGGAGAGCUUGAUAAGGUAAGCGAUGGAGAUCUAGCAGAUCGCUUGCAAAAAAGUUUAAAGAGUAGGAGGUAUUUGAUUGUUGUGGAUGACAUAUGGAGCACGGAGGCAUGGGAUGACAUUAGAUUAUGUUUUCCAGAAAACAAUAAUAGAAGUCGAAUAUUGUUGACUACUCGGGACAUGAAUGUUGCUCAAUAUGCUAGCUCUCCUAAGGAUCCGUUUCCAAUGCGUUUCCUGGAGCCAGAAGAAAGUUGGAAUUUGUUUUGCCAAAAGGCGUUUGGCAAAAAGGAUUGUCCAAAUGAAUUUGAUAACGUCGCAAAGGUAGUUGUAGAAAGUUGCAAAGGAUUACCACUAAUGAUUUCUGUGGUUGCAGGUCUUCUUUCUAGCAAGACACUUGAUGAGUGGAUGAAAGUAGCUCAAAGUAUGAGCUUAUUAGUAAACCUUGAUGAUUAUCAACAUUGCUCAAGAGUGCUCGCUUUGAGCUAUAAACAUCUUCCAUCUCAUUUGAAAACUUGUUUUCUGUAUUUUGGAGUUUUUCCGAAAGCUAGAGAGAUUUCUGUGAAGAAACUGAUUAGAUUAUGGGUUGCAGAAGGACUCAUAGAGCUAAAGGGGCUCGAGGGAUUGGAAAAAGUGGCUGCUAAUCUUUUACAUGAUCUUAUUGAUAAAAAUCUUCUUGUUGUUAGUAGACGAAAUUUGACAGGAUCAAUCAAGGCAUGUAGAAUUCAUGAUCUUCUACAUGAUUUAUGCUUGAGAGAAGCUGAAGGGGAGAGGCUUUUGUAUUCCUAUGUUAUAUAUCGCGAAUCCUUUGGACCUGAGUUUCCUCCUGAAGGUUGUCACUGGAUGUCAGUUUGUUCAGAUGGUACUUAUCGUCAUAUUCAUUUUGAUGAUGUUACUCAUAAGAAAACACGUUCUCUUCAUUUUUCUGCCGAUGAAUUAUGGCCAGAUUUACUUUUCAGCCUGGGUCAUUUUAAACUUCUUCGAGUGUUGGACUUGGAGGCGGUGGGAUUCAGUUAUUUCCCUAGUGAAAUACUACACCUAGUUGGUUUAAGGUAUUUGGCAUUGACAGCUUAUAAUGUUCCUGAGGAUCUAGCACUUGCCGAUUUUUGGAAUUUAGAAACUCUCAUUGUUUCUCAACCCCGUCUAGCACUAAAAAGGAGCGUAUCCUUACCAAUUGGAAUUUGGCAAGUGUAUCAGUUGAGGUAUCUUCGUUGUACAUCCAUGUUCUUAUAUCCUCCUCGGAACAUAUCAGCUAAGCACCCGAUUUUGGAAAAUUUGCUAAAUGUUUCUGGUUUGAAUCCUUCUUGUUGUACAAAGGAAAUAUUUGAAAGGAUUAGGAAUGUUAAAAAAUCGGGGGUUCUUGGUGGUGCUGAUGAAUUUUUUGAUGAGCCCGAAUGGCUAGAUAAUCUAAAACAUCUGCAUGAGCUUGAGGCACUAAAAAUUGCAGCUGGUGGCUAUGGCUUGUUAUGUUCAGGUUUCAGGCUUCCGUGUGCGGAUUCUUUCCACAAAAUCUCAAAAAGUUGACACUUCGUCACACUUUUUUUACCAUGGGAGGAUAUGACAAUCAUUAGCAAGUUGCCCAAACUCGAGGUGCUCCAAUUGAAGGUUUGUGCCUUCUAUGCUGAAGUGGGCUCAGGCUCAGAAGCAAUGUGGGAAGUCACAGAGAUGGGAUAUCUUGCAUUGAAGUUCGUUCUCCUUGACGAUUUGGACAUCAUGUAUUGGAGAGCUGCUGAUGAUUAUUUCCCAUGCCUUGAGCGCGUAAUUAU